UGAAUGAAUCAGAGGCUAAAGUGCAUCAAAUCCCGAGUACAACGUCCCACUCUUUGUCUAAAGGAGGCGACCUCUCACUUGCACUUUGAGAAGUUACGGCCUCCUCAGCUCGGGUUCGGUCCCCUCCCUCUUGUACCGUCUCCUCACUGUCCACCCCUCCAGCAUUCACCUCGGGCCACCUAUCAGCCCCCCUUUUUAGCACCCAGUCCCCACCUACUCACUCCACGUGCAAUGCAAGAAUAGAAACACAGUAGAGGAGACAACUUCAGUCAGACUGUAAACAGACUAGAAGGAGCUUGAGGGAGAAUGACUUUCUCUUCUUAGCUGUGGAGUCCACUGAAAGACCUCAGCUCCACUGCACAUUUUGUGUCUCUCUCUGUUGAGUCUGGGAAGGCCUGGAGGGUCCUUGAGUCACUCAGCCUGAUAGGAGAUGGGGAACGAGAGCAGCACGACUGAGGCUUUGCCGGAAGAGGGCGCUCCCGAACACGUUGUUCUGUUUCCACCCCAAGAAAAUCACAGCGACCCUUUGGAGGCCGAAGCUCACGCUGAGAAAUUAUCCCAAAGGGACGCUGAAUUGCUCCUGACUGCGUCGUCCAGCAGCCAACAGAGUUUACUGUCCCAACCAGUUCUCCCAGAUGUCCCAGUCAUCACCGGUGUGGAGGAGAGCAGAGGUGCUGCAGAAGAAGCCCAUGAGGACAAAGAGGAACUGGAAUUUCCCCAUGACCUGCUGCCCAAUCUAGACUUCAGCAGUGAACUCAACAUCUGGGAGUCCUCACUAGGAUUAAAGACUAGGGUGUGUGAACAUGAGAACGCCCUCCUGGCGGGCUUGCAGCAUCAUAUGGAAGUCAGUCAUCCAUUAGUAGUCCUAGAUAACAGGCCUCAAACCUCCGACAAACUCCUCACAGCUGCCCCGCCCUCACCUCAGCCCACUGCCACACCUCACCCAGAUGGCCAACCCUUGACCCCCCCUCUGUGCGUUCUUCUCGAUCAAGAGCUUCAGGAAGCCUUCCAGGAAUGUGAGGAACAAAUGGUCUUACUGGGUAUUCCUCAACAUAAAGAGCCCAUCAGCACGGAGUCUGAAACGUCCAAUGAAGAGCAUAGGAAAACUGGGAACGCAACUGUUAAAAAGUAUGAUGAGUCAUCAUCACAACCACAAGUUGGAGACCAGUCUGGACAUAGCAACCUCAUAAACAAAAAUACACAUGGAAACACUGAAACGGCAGACAGGCAGAUGGAUACAGUUGUGUUUAGUUUCAGGGACUACAUACUUGGGACGGACAAUCCUGAGACAGACUGUGAUACAAUAAAAACAAAUGCGGACCAGGAGAAAAAUCCACAAGCUGAAACAGUAGAAACAAUCAAAGAAGAGCCACAAAAUCAAAAAAUAACAAAUACUUUAGAAACAGCAAUGACUGGGGAUGCUGUAUUUAGUGAAGGACAUGAUCUAAGUGCUGAUUUUAAUGCAGAAGAAAUUGACCGAAAGAAAAAUGAUUCUAUUCAACAAUUAUCUGAGUCUAGUGGACUUUAUUUUGAAAAUAAAUCUGUCGAGGAAAUACUUUCAGAACAACAAACAGGAACAAAAAGUCACAUUGAGGAUGACACACAAACAACGUCUGCACAGGGUGGUGAGCUUGUGCACAACAAAAGGGCAAAAAAAAGAGAUAAAAAGAAGAACAGGAAAAAGAAAAAAGCAGAGAAGAACAAAGAGCCUGAAGCGGAGGGCAGGACAGUGAAACAAGCUGAAAAUGAAUUACUUAUUAAAACGGGGAAUCACAGUGAAGUUUCAGACACAAUGACAGGUGUAUCGCAGCCAUGUGAUGUCUUUUUGGACAACACCUCCCUACCAUCUCCUCCGAGCCAACAUCACUUAGCCUGUUCAUCUAUAUUUAACUAUGUUCCCACACACUUGAAUCAGUUUGAUAACCAAAACGUAACAACUAAUAUUCCAGAUAAGGAAUCAGAUACACAAGCACUUGACGAUAACGUUACAACUGAAGCACAGAUACACAAACUGGACAGCUCAUUUUCCAAUAUCCAUGCUCGUGUGGGAGAGAGUUGCACUGAGAGGGCCAUUGAAGAUGCUUUUGUGGAGGCUGCUGCGUUGCCACUAACAACACCCACGAUGCGAGAAGUGAUAAAAAGUGAGGGAGAAAUUGUGAGCCAUGAUUCAUUGGAGGGAGUAGCUGCUGAGUCCGUUGCAGGCAUCGGGAAAGGACAGACGGAGACAGAUCUGGAAGGGAUCAAAUCAAGAAAAAUACUGGAUAGUACCUCGGAGCUCUCAUCUGUCUGUGGUUCACUUGGCGUCUCAAACGAAGACACAAAGGCUCUUAGUGAGGAAAGCUGCGACAGCAAAAUGCCACACACUUCGGCGGCUGAGAGUUGUUCAAAAGGACAGAGAGAGACGAGCAAUGCAGAAGCAGAGAUCUCUCCAGCGGAAGAGGGCGACAAAGACAAGGAGACACUCUGGAUUGAAAGCAAUUUUAAUAAUUCACCCCAUGGGAUACUUACCGCUGCUGAUCAUCUGAAUGAUAGUGCUGCAGAAGUGGACGGAGGAGGAGUAGCAGAGCGUAGUUCAUUCAGCCUUCCGGAGGGGGCUGCUAGAGGGGUGUCGGCAGCUGAGACGGAGAUGCAUCCUCCCACCGAUGUUGCCGAGUCAUGUCUGAAGUCACCGUACAGGGGCGAGACAGUCAUUACGGUCACAGAGAGCCUGUGCACUGAAGAGGAGCUUACUGCAGCUUUUUUACCUCGACCACCUCACAGCGAACAAAGCAAUAAAGCAGACGGAGAAAGCGUUCAACACAAUCUGAAUUCCAAAGAGCCACUGUCUUUGGGGAGCUCUUGUGAAGAGUCAGCCAUCACUGAGACUUCCAUGACUUCAGACAUCAACAAUCAACAGGUGCAUCCUGAAAGUAUCACCGAGAAAGCAGACGAGAUUAGCGUGAUUCAUCGUGUGGGUAAGUCUACAUGUGAUAAAAGUGGAACAAGCAACAGAGUUCGAUUUGCAGACAACGUGAAAGAAGACCGAAGCGCCAUAGUUAAGGUGAGAAAUAUGUCAAUGCCAGCUUUGGGAUGUGCUUCUUUGCCUCCAUUGACGGUUCACGAGCGCUUACACCAUCCUGUUGUUGAGGCCAGCUACAUUUUCCGAGACUACCUCAGCUUAAAGAAUCCAGAAACCUGCACAGAGGUGACGUCUAUCAAGAAUGAAACACCUAAUCAAAGCUUAGAAGAUGCACCAAAGCCAGAGAAGACAAUUCCCUUGGAUGUAGAGGAUACCCAGAAUGUUGACAUAAAACCAUCAGGUGAAGACAACUCAAAACCAACAGAAAAAAAUCCUACUAAUACGGAACAUGGUGGCCUUCUAGAAAAAGCCAUAGCUCCAACUGAACCAGCAAAAAACACAGAAGAACCUGUAGAACUCCCUAACAAUGAAGUAGCAUUCGUUGAACCAACUCAGAUGGCGGCAUCAGAACAAAGUGACAUGACAACAGAGCACCAAGAACCAGAGAAAAAUCCUGAUGAGGUGUCAACAAAAUAUGAAGAGAAGGUGACUCAAAAGUGUGAUCUUAGCAUGGACAUCAUAGAACCAAGCGAACCUAACAAUCCUGAGGUGAUAAAACGUGAUAUUUGUGUGGUCAGUGAAAUCGAAAGUUCAAGUUCUGUGCCUGCUGUCGGCGAUGUUCCCUGUGAGCCUAUUGAUGAUGUCUUUACGGAGUCACCUGACAAACAGUUCUCAACUGAAACUGGGACGCUGACCUCCCCAGUCUCUUCUCAGACAAAGCCCAGAGACCUCAGCUGUCAGCCUCCGACCGAGCUUGAUAAACUACCGUCUCAUGCAGUUAGCACAGAUCCAAUUGAAUCUAGGAAGGAGACACCUGUGGAGCUAAUAAAUGAUGAGUCAGUAACAUCCGAGGUUGAAGCCGCUGAGCAGUCGAUUCCUGUUCCUGUUAGUGCCAGUAAUCCUCCGUUGAUGCUUCAUCCUCCAGGCCCAAUGUUGAGUCACCUGGAGGUGGUUGACGAAUGUGAUGUUGCUCUUCCUGACUGUGAUGAUAGCUUCGGGAAUAAAACACAUACACCUACUUAUUCAGCAGAAGAUCCCAGAGAGAAUAAUGAUGGAACAAAACAAGCGGAUAGCAUGGAUGCUGAUGUGUUUAUUACCUCUUUGCCAUCUGAUGAUACAAUAACAAUAUCACAUGGAGCUGAAUGUGUACCGACAAACAAUGUCUUGAAUGAUAUAACGACUCAGGAUAAAAACAUGCCUUCCAACGAGAUUUGCGAAACAAUCGAAAUAUGCAGUAUCAAAUACAACCAGAACAUGGAUAAAGAAACUUCUAUGUCACUCAGCGACAAAGAUAUUCAGCUUGAUAUCGAAAAGGAAACAGAAGACAGCAGCAAACUACAGACAGGAAAUGCGCCGACACAACCGAGUAAAGAGUCAGAUAAAGACGCCGAAAAGGAAACACAAGAAUAUGAACUUCAUGAUAUGUCCAUGCAGCAUAUUAACAAGACUCUAACAGAGGCAAUUGAGUCCAAGGACAACAGGGACGCAUCAAUGGAUUCUUAUUCAAAUAUUGAACUAAGCAUUGGAGCUCAUCGAGAGCAGCAACAGGAGCAAAUUUUGGGAGUCGGGUCUUCAACAGAUGGAUUGACAUGUGAUCGUGUGGAGACAUUUGAAGAGGAAGGAAAGAUGAGCAGCCAUGGUAAAGCAGCCUCUGCAAUGAUAGAACUCGUAGACAAGGACUGUGGGUCUUUAGAGACAUCAGAAGGGCAGACUCUAUUGGCAAGUGGUGACAGCGAGUGUACAACUGAAAAAGUGGAAUCUCUAGAGAAAGUUGAAAAGGAGAAGGUCAUUCCAGGUGUUGACAAGAUUGAUGUUCCUGGAGGCACUAUUGGACAAUGUGUUUUCGGGAAAACAGGAAUGACUUUGCAGCAAAGGGUGAGUGACAAUAAAAACUGUGAGUUCGCAGGAAAUGAUUUAAUGCAUGACCAUGAAUUUCUGAAUUGUCUGGGUAGUAAAGGUCAGCCAGAAAGCAACCAAUCAGAUUCUUCUGCAGAUCUAACCGCAAAUCAUUUGGCCUUUAGAGAAAACACUGUUCCUGAGGAAUCUUUCUCAGAGGAUUAUGACAUUUUACCUUUGGGAUUUUCUAUUUUGACAAAACUCGCAACCGAUAGUCACAGCAUUCAUACCGACUCUUGCCCAAGUGUCAACCAGGAUGGCAAGAUGCUUGACAAAACAUACAGUACAGUAAAAACGGAUCACAGUGCUGCUCAGACUGGGAAAACCCACAAUAGUGAAACUGAAGGGUGUAAAAUUCCGGAUGCAGUAUGUGAGUCUCUUGAGCUGCAAUGCUCCAAUAAAAGCUCAGCCGCACAAAGUGGUCCAGUAACACAAACGGCCAUAAAAGGACCUCAUGUUGAGGAGAUUGCAGGGGGAAACAAUGCAACUAUAGAUGAAGAAAAUGAUGGUUUCCAGGCAGCGAGAACACGGGAGAUAAAAGCAAUAGACAGUAAAGCAAUGGACGAAGAUGAGCUUCCCAAAGACGCUGACCCAGGAUCAACUGAUGUUUCACACCAAUCUGAAAGCACCACUGAAACGGCUGCUUGUCCUUCUGAUAACAACAUUAUUCUCUUAAAAAAUAUGGAAAAUGACUCAACCAACCAACCACAACCUAACACAGGCUGCAGCUUGGAGUAUUCACAUAUGUCCGAGAACUCCACUUUUGGACGCACAACACAAGAACAGCAUACAAACUGGAUACAAGCUCUCAGAGAAGCUACUUCUGACCCUCAGAGUGAACAAGAGAGAAUUCACAUAAACAGACCCCUCCCAUCUCUGGAGUCUCCUCGAGAGUUUGUCACUCCUACUGAGGAGGUAGCAGCUCCUCUGGGACAAGAGCAGAUCACUCAGGAGUAUAACGCUAUCACAACGCUACAACCUGAAGCGGAUCUUGCAGAAUUUCAGAAAUUUAAAGAAAAAACACAGGAGUCUAUUGAAGAGCAUCCAGUUCCAAAAAUCAGUCCAGUGAUUGCUGUGCAUCAAGCCGAGUCGGAAGAACCAGUGAAAAUCAAAGAUGAACCUUCAGAUCUGAUCCAGAAUAAAAUUGAGUUCUCUGAGCCCACAACGAAAGCAUUGUCAGAUGAAGCUCAGAGGGCAACAGAGCAUCUAGAGCCAGAGAAGAAGACAAACACUGAGCAUCCCGAGGAGAAACCUGAAGAAAACCCAACUGAGGAGAACACAGGCCAAGAUCCUAGUGAGGUGCUGCAGGAAAUUGGGGCCCCCCUCACUGAACACCAAGAGAGGAGCUCUGCCUUUCCCUUAACUUCACCCAUACUUCACCCCCAGCCUGCUCCCCAUCCUGACCUCUCCACUCCUCCACCUCCAUCCCCGGAGAAGACACCGCCUGCAUCUCCCCACUUUCCUCCUCUUCCUGCGUGCCCCUCUGUGCCCUCUCUUCCCCAGCAGGAGGACCAUGACCCCAACCCUGGACCUCUUUGCCACCUCCUUCUAAGGAGCUCUGACUCUGAUGGAGCAUUCGAGACUCCUGAAUCCACAACCCCAGUAAAGGCUCCUGCAGAUCUUCAGAGUCAGUUACCGACUAUUGAUGACAAAGUGAAAGACAUCACACUGAAGGACUCGUCAUCUGGCUUGACUUCUGAUCUACUUAGCCAUUCCACAUCCACUGUCUUUGACGAGGACAGGCCAAUCGCGGCCAGUGGCGCAUACAACUUUGAACAUUUUGCCUCCGAAUCACCUAGUCAGCCUCUGACUCGUUCUCUCAGCCUCCAAGGAGAAGAACUUGACACUACUGGCUUGUCGGAUGGAUCCGUAACAAAAGGCUUCCGUCCACAUUCGGAAUCUUUCAGCGUCGGCACAGAGAGUGCCCCGGGGACACUCCGUAGGCCUAAAAAAGUCCGUACCGGAUCUGUAAAAAAGAAACCUCUCCUUAGACAGAACUCUAACCCAGAGAGGCCAAGUUCUACUAGUAGCACCCCAGAGCUCAUUAAGCGACCAAAGCCACAAACUGUGACUCAGGAGGUAGAAGAAGGUAGCUCUAUUACCACAAGUCCUACAGGAACCCUCAGGAAGACUAGAAAGAUCCCUGUAGACACCCCUCCGCCUUUGCCAGAAGAAAACAAUCACACAGAACCAGAGAAGAGCCUUGAAGCCCCUGCUUUACCUUUGUGCCAGGAGGAAAACCAUCUCUCUUCUAGUCCUCCUAUCACAGAAGACCUCCCAAUUCCUCCUAGGGCUUCCUACAAAUGGGAUCCAGAUAACUUUGACUGCAUAGACCCUUUCAAGACUGGAGGAAGUAAAAUUGCCAACUCACCUGUUCUGGGACGUAAAGCUCCUGUAUGUGUCCUCAAUGCUUCUCCCCCUGAAAGUCCUCCCAUCUCUGCUGUGAAAGAACCUCCUCCUGCAGCUCCCACCGAAGAACUACCUUUCAAUCCUGAAGAGCAACCCAUUCUUCCCAAACGUGAGUCAGUGAGGUUAGAGUUUGAUUACACAGAGGAUAAUUGCGAGGCAUCACAGACAGCUUCUCCCCCACUGAAAAAAGUGGGCAAGAAGCCCGGUGCCAAGAUGCCUCUGAGAAAGCCAAAGUUGGGGUUGAAGAAGGCUCAUCUAGCACAGAUCGAGCAGCUGGACAACGACCUUCCAGCAACACUUAACGGCAACGAGGAGGAAAUCCCUAUUUCCAAAGGUUCCUACCACUUUGAAUCGGAUAAAUGGGAGGAUCCAAAUUUCAAUCCAUUUUCAACAAAGGCGCAUAUUUCUAACUCUCCCAAAGCAACUGACCCCGCUUACAGUUUCGACUUUGAUGACUCCAUAGACCCUUUUAAAUCCACCAAUAAAAUGGCCAACUCCCCUCCUCGAGCCUCUUCCUCCUUUGAGUCAUCUAACGAAGAUGUGGAAAAUGACGACAACAUCGGAGAACUAGAGGAUCAAAAUCAGAACAAACCAGCCAAAAAGAAGAAGACUCCUAUCAAAUCUAACACUUUCAGGGUCAAGAGGUCACCAAAGAAAUCCCCGUUGUCUGACCCCUCACAGGAUACAGAUGACCCCGCCUCUUUCCAUCCACAGGAUGACCACGCCACAGACGAGGAGAAACUGGCCUCCACCACCAGCCACAAGUGGGCAGGUCUGAGUUCAGACCAGCAGGACUUCCCUCAGCCGUCUGAUCUGACAUCAUUUGUUGAAAGCAGUCUUCAACCUUCAGACUAUGAAAUAGAGUACAUGGAGAAGAUUGGUUCUUCUUCACCUCCACUGUCUGUGAGGAAACCGUCAUUAUACCUCAAGUUGGACUCCUUGUCAGACAACAUAAACAAAGAUAUCCAUGAACCCAACUCCCCCUGCACAGGGAGUUUUGAGGAAAUGGAGGCCCAGAUAACAGCAGGCAUGAAGACCCCCAUCCUGAGUUCCAGACCUGGUCCUGAGGGUUCUGCUGGCGAAAAGGGCAGGAAAAGAGAAAGCGAAGUACUCAGCCGAACACAAAGCACAGAAAGGGAUGAACAGCUCAAUAGCCAAGAGGCCCCUGCUUCAGUCCCGACCAUGCCCCUGUUAGACAGACUGUCUGAGUGUGGAGACCCUGUGCAGUACCUGGAGCCUGACCUCGCUGAGACCAACCCUAAUGCUUUCGCCCAAAAACUGCAGGAGGAGCUGGUGCUUGCUGCCCUGAGGAUAGAGGCUCUGCAAAUAGCCAAAAACAUCUCUCAGUGCCCCUCCCUCUCCAAUGUAACCCCCCAGUCCCGCCUUAAGAAACCCACCACACGGCGGUGGAACAUCAACGGUUCACCCUUACUCAAACACAGAGAUGUGUCCUCACCAUCAGAGACUGCGGUGUCUAAGAAUACUCUGUACACCCGGACUGCUACCAGCUACAUGGACGGGGAGAGUCCACACCUUCCCAAAGAUCUGGACCACUCGCUGGGAAUUGCAAGAGAAGAGAUUGUAACCAAAGAAAGGGAGGUGCUGGAGUGGCAGAAGAAAUACGAAGACAGUCGACAGGAAGUGGCGGAGAUGAGGAGAAUUGUUGCGGAGUAUGAGAAGACGAUUGCCCAAAUGAUUGAGGAUGACCAGAAAGAGAAGUCCCUCUCUCACCACACCAUCCAACAGCUGAUCGUGGAAAAGGACCAGGCCUUAGCCGACCUUAACUCUGUGGAAAAGUCUCUGGCCGACCUCUUCAGACGCUAUGAGAAGAUGAAAGAUGUCCUUGAGGGCUUCCGAAAGAAUGAAGAGGUUCUGAAGAAAUGUGCUCAGGAGUACCUGUCAAGGGUCCGUAAAGAGGAACAGCGGUACCAAGCUCUGAAGAUUCAUGCAGAAGAGAAACUAGACAAGGCCAAUUCAGAGAUAGCUCAGGUGAGGGCCAAGUCCAAGCAGGAGCAGGCUGCCCACCAGGCCAGUCUGAGGAAGGAACAGAUGAAAGUGGACUCUCUGGAGCGCACAUUGGAGCAAAAGAACAAAGAGAUUGAGGAGCUCACAAAGAUCUGCGAUGAGCUGAUCUCCAAGAUGGGAAAGUGUUAGUAGCAAUUCCGGUUCAAUCUAACACAAGCUUUGUUCACCCGGCAACAAACAAAAAAAGAUGUUCAUCUGCUUGUAAAAUGAACAGGAGUAGGAAGAUGUUCCCAUUCUUCCAAGAACUCGUUAAGCCACACUGGGCUUUAAUUUUCUACUGACCUUGUGUAAACGGGAUCCUCUUAAUCAUGCUGUAUAUUAUUGAUGUGUCAUUGUAUUGUACAGUGUCAGGGGUGUGCUUUAACAUUUUACAAACUGCACCAUGUCAUUAAUGAGUGUGUGUACGUGCGUGUAUGUAAGAGAGAGAGAAAGAGCAUGUGAUGAUGUUGUGGGUUUAUUGUUGUUUAUGAUGUUGCCAUGACAGCCACUGGGGGAGAAGACUGUUUACCUACACCUUGCGAUGCCUCCUAAGAGAAAGGAGCAGCAGAUACUUUUAUAGAGUGAUGCAGCACUAAGAGAUCACUAUAGCUUUGCAUGCAAGAGAGAAAGAAAACCUAGUCUGUUUUGUAUACAAUAUAGAAAACAUAUGGAGGAGGCUCGUUCACAUUUUGAUGUGCCCGCUGUGUAAAACACAGGUGACUAUUAAUUUGUCACAGUUAUUAUUAUUAUUAUUAUUAACAGUUUUGUGCUUCCCUCAUGUAACUUUGUAGAUACUUGUCAUACUUUGUCAUAGCUGUCUUGAUCAGAUCAUGGGACUUUAUUUUUCGUAUUUUAUUUUGAUAUAAACUAAUCGUGACUGUAUUCAGAUGUGCCCCAGUCCUGUUUGGGUGGUUGUGUCACACUGAUCCAGUAACAUGUCUGCACAACUGCUGUACAGCAUCUGCUUACAAAGUGCAAUAAAAGAUGGCAAUACAAAA